GUGAGCAUCGCAUCAUAGACAUGGUAGUUCCAAUGAUGAAGUACAUUUGGUUUCUAGUGCUUUUCAUAACUCUAGUCAUUGCUGGGAUUGAUGGGGUUUAUGGGGCCGGUGAAUGUGGGAAAUCUUCUCCUGACAAGGAGGCUUCGAAGCUGGCUCCCUGUGCAUCAGCGGCGCAAAACCAGCACGCUAGAGUUUCUGAUAGGUGUUGUAGUCAGGUGAAAAAGAUUGGCCAGAACCCAAAAUGCCUUUGCGCAGUUCUUUAUUCUGAUUCAGCUAAAAACGCCGAAGUUAAGCCAGAGGUUGCGAUGAGCAUUCCCAAACGCUGCAAUAUUGCUAACCGUCCGGUGGGAUACAAGUGUGGAGCUUAUACGUUUCCAUGAAGACUGAAGUUCCAGAUCAGUCACGGUGCCUCUGCUUAUGAAAUAACUUGCUGUUUAGGGCAGAGAUUGUAUACUUGUCGCAGCUUAAUCUAUGCAUAUAGUCAGUUUUUUUUUUUUUGCCAGAAUGUAUGUAGUCAGUUCACUCUGACAUCCAGACGCCUCGUGAAUAAUAAUAAAUAAAGAAAUUGUUUGGAUUUU